AUGCCAAGCCCCUACACCGUCCGCGUCCAUCCCUUCACCUCCCCAACACCUCAUUCCUGCGCCUACGAGUAUGGCGCCAGAAAUUCACCCAGUGCGCUGGUAUAUAUCGGCGGUCUAACCGACGGACCACACACAUCAGAAUUGGUUCUUAAGAUAGACAAUACUCUGGAAAAUCUGGCAGAAACAGAGGCAGUCUCGUACUCGGUAUUCGAGUUCCGGAUGCGGAGUAGUUAUACGGGAUUCGGAUAUUCAAGUCUAAAAAACGACAUCGAGGAUCUUGCGGCGCUGGUGGCGUAUCUGAAGGGAGAGAGUGUGAGGAAGGAGAAGGUGGUGGUCAUGGGAAGUUCAACUGGCUGCCAGGCUAUCAUGACAUACGCAAACACUCUUCCAGUACCACCUCCAGUCGACGGAUACAUUAUGCAAGCGCCUACUUCGGAUCGCGAGACGGCGAGUCUACUCAUGCCCCCGGAGUUCCUGGAUACUAGUCUUCAGUACGCUCAAGACCUUAUUGCAAAGGGUAAGGAGAUGGAGAUUAUGCCGUUGGAUCUUAUUCCUCCGAUUUUCUCGUCGCCGAUUAGUGCGUAUCGCUGGCAUUCGCUUGUUUCUGUUGGGGGAGAUGACGAUUUCUUUUCUUUUGAUCUACCUGCUUCUGCCAUUGAGUCGUCAUUUGGUAGACUCGAUAAACCGAUGUUGAUUGUCGUGUCUGCAAAAGAUGAGAUGGUGCCGUCAGCGGUGGAUAAAGAGGCGCUAUUGAAGAAAUGGCUGGAUGCGAUGCCAAAGGAUUUGGCGAGUGAUCAGAGUGGUGUGUUGCCGGAUGCUGACCAUGAGUUGACUACUGAUGUUGACAUGAGGUCUUUCAUGGACAGGGUUUGCAAGUUUCUCAAGGACCUGGAGAGGGUGAAACAGAAUUAA